CUGUGUUCUAACGUUACCCGCCAUCCCCAUGGCUCACCCUCCGAUCAAGAAGCAGGAGUUCCUGGGUGCCGUGACGCUCGUGUCUUUCUCAUCUAAUGGAUCUCUACUCUACGUCGGCGUAGGUCCAACAGUAUUCCUGUACGCCACUGCGACUGGUGAGCUUCUAAGCAAGCACGCCGUGUUGACGCGAGGCAUUCUACACGGCUGCGAUAUCGUCGGACUUCCGGGCUCGAACGAAUCAUUUGCCGGCGCUUUCUUCGGCCAAAAACGUGUGUCAUGUUUCCAGGACCUACCACAGGCUCCUGAAGCUGCUCGCGGGCUUGAGAAGCUUACCGCGCUGGGUAUACCAAAAGUAUUUUGCGACUGGGUGUUCGACGUGCAGCUACUGACAAAUGAAUUUGCGUCGGCGGAGAACAAAAAAUUACUGGCUGCAGUUGGACUUGCGCACAAUUUCGUGCAGAUAUGGGACCCGGUGCGCAACGAUAUUCUCCGCAGCGUGCAAUGCGCCGAGCGCUGCAUUUUGUAUGCGUUGGUGUUCCAUGGACGAUCGUUUGACGACCUGGUAGUUGCUUCUGGUACAGUUUUUCAGCAGAUUUUGCUAUGGAAUCCCAUGGAAAACGGCGAUAACGAGACGAACAUUGCCAUCGAGCCGGCUCAACGGCUGCAUGCGCACGAUGGCGUGCUCUUCAAGCUCACUUGGUCAUCGGAUGCUCGCUCAUUGGCCUCUGUCUCGGACGAUCGAACGGUGCAGCUGUGGUCGCACGAUGGGGAGACCACAGUUGAACAACUUCACUUAUCACGAACAUUGACUCGUGCAGAACUGCUCGUGAGUGAAUAUUCCCCGGUGUUCCGAGCUUGGGGGCACUCAGCUCGCAUUUGGGACGUGUCUUUCUGGAAACACGGUGUGGUCACGUCGAGUGAGGAUGGCCUUUGCAAGCUUUGGGAUCUGGAUGGUAAUUGUGUCGCCACGCUGCAAGGUCACAUGGGGAAGCACGUUUGGCGUGUAGCUGUCCACCCGUUGCUAGAGAUGAUUGCCUCCGGAGGAGGUGAUGGGGCUGUUAAGCUCUGGGACAUCACACACCAGCUCAUGUCUUCAUCUAACGCGCCAGAAGCUGGCGACUUGUGUAGGACUGUUCGUGUCCCUAUUGCCACAACGUCCACUGCACCAAAGAAGAAAAAGAGAACUCCAUCGUCACACAGUGUGCGCAAUAUCGUACUCAGUGUUCAUGAUAAUGCUGAGACGGCAUUCGUAGCCUCCGAGCACGGUGAUAUUUUCCGUCUGGACCUGUCGUCGCUCACAUCAGAACAAUUUUUUACAGUUCCACCAAUUGAUGAUGCUGUAGUUCGAGCACGAACUGGUGGUUUGACGACGUUCACAAUGGAUUCAUCUGGGCGGUUCUUGCUGCUUGGUGACAUAACGGGCCGCGUGUAUAUCGUUGAGGUAGCAACUGGCAUUUUGCUGUACUCAUGGACUACCCAAGCCAACGUACGAGUCAUGAAGAUUUGGUGGGACCAGAAAGACGCUCUUUUUAUCAGUAGUGCAAGCGGAGUUCUCACUGAGUGGAAACCAAGCGUAGUAGAGGACGGUAAAAACUUGGCAUCGCCCUCAAUCAAGAUGGAGAUUGUUGCAACAUUCAAGAUCCCUGCCAAGAGCUCAGUAUCCUCAAUUCUGGUCGUUGACCGCUUGGCUACGACAAGAAAUAUCAUUGCAGGUGACGGACAUGGUGGCGUGUAUGUGUUCCAUCGCUCGCUCGUUUCGAUGGAAAGCGCUGACAAGGCCAAGGCGGUGCAACCCCCUGCGUUAAUACUGAAGAGUGUACAUGGGCGUGAACUAGUGGCAUCACUUCUGCUUUACGAAGACAGUAAAGACGCUAAGAACCAUGAGACUGUUAUGCUAUCGGGAGGGCACGACGGAUAUAUUUGCUCGUAUGCGUUGGAAGCGGACGCAACUGGAGCGUUUACACCUACACAGGUGGGUCGUGAGUCCAUCCGAGGAAUUUCCACAGUCAAACAACUUUGGUGGAACAGAGCUCCAUCUGCCCACGGGAAGACAAAACAUGAUCUUAUGGUUUUCGGAUUCCACGCGGCACAAGCUGUUCUGUACAACUUCUCCGCUCAAUAUCGCCUCUUUAACGUGGAAUGCGGUGGUUGGCGCCGACCACACGCACUUUUCACUAGAGCGGGCGAGUAUGACUCUGCGUUGCCUUCACACACGUUUGUGUUCACGCCGUCAGCAACUCAGAAGCAGCAGGUUGACAUCAAGGUGCAUUCGACUCUUCUAAAUGAGCUCCACGAUACCAAGACCUCGCCGCGUUUUUCCAAGUGUUCACUACACGAUCAUCACCAUGGGCGCAUGACGACAUGCGUGGCUUUCCUCGGACGUGAGCGCUUGAUUACCGCAGCAGAAGACAAUAGCCUCAUGCUACAUCGCCGUCGCGAUCACGGUAGAACAAGCUUGCGUUGGGGCAGUGUGGCUACUGGAAUUGCCCAUACGACUACGGUUCGGGCACUGACAACGUUCCGGCGUACUAACUCGGAUGGCAUCGAGGAACACGUUGUUCUCUCCGGAGGCGGUAAGCAGCGUUUAAAUGUGUGGCUAGUUCGUGGAGAAAGCGAUCUACUCCUUCAUGUUUGUGGUCAGGAACGUGCCGAGGCGGCUCAAGACCAUCGCAUUCUCGGGCUCACUACGUUCGCGAUGCCCACCGCUUCUGACGCGUAUCGACUAGUGGCGGCGUGCAAUUCCGAGGGCUCCACUCAGCUAUUGCUGCUGGAUGUAAACCACGGCAACCUUUUCAAGAUUGGGGACUGUCACUUGGCCUCACGAAAGCCCAUUCUGUCCUGCGUUGGCUUUCAGGAAGGUGACGAUGAUGUUGUGAUGGCCGGGUUGGCUGUUGGCUCUACAGACGGCUUAGUGACGGUGUGGGACUUUAGCGAUUUGCUGAAGGAGAUUACAUUGCUUCUUCGAUCCGAUGAAGAUCUGGGUCAGUACAAGACGAAGCUUCAGAAAGUGAUCGGUGAGUUGCAGCCUAGUGGUAACUACUUGGCGCACGAUAUGGGAGUGAACUGCAUCAAUCUCGUAUCCUGCAAAAAGAGCAAGGAAGCAGGAAGCCUUGACGUGACUCUUAUCAGCGGUGGAGACGACCAGAAUUUGAAUCUGCGUGAGUUGCAAUUUCCAGCAUGUCAAAUGCUUACUGAAGCUCGGACAGUAAACGCCAGUGGAUCAGCUAUCAAAGCUGUUGCUUGUGUUGAUGCAGAGACCAUUUUUGCCGCUGGAUAUGACCAACGAGUGAGCAAGUGGGGCAUUCGUCGCAACGAGAACGGCACCGAGCUGGAAUGGCAAGGGGCUGCCUUCUCUGAAUGCGCUGAUAUUGCCGAUCUUGCUAUUCGACAAAUCGAGACUGGAACGGCUGACGAAGUUGUGGUCGUUGGUCAAGGUCUUCAAAUGAUGCAGUUCCAGCGCGAAUAGAGACUCUUGUUUUUGAAACGCUACGUGGUCAGCAAAAAAAACGCAAUUAGAGAGUGAAUAGAAUUGAAUGCAUUUUUCUGGGUUUUGUUCCUAGGAAUAUCCACAUCGCCAACUCUAGUAGAUUGGAC